AUGGCUGAACCAAAGGGUAAACUUUCUACCUAUACAAGUGCUCAACAAGAAAUGGAUCUAAAUCUCUCACCUGGUGGAUCUUAUAAUUGUGAAAAGACUAAUGAAAUUUCAAUGCCUCAACCGUUUUCACAAAUUAGGGCAUCAGCUGCCAACAAUCCUGCCUUUAAGCGGGCUAUAGAGAUUAUAAGAUCCGAUCUGCAUAACAAAUUAGAAGAUACGUCUAAAAUUUAUGAAAAUGAGAAAUCAGCUAUCAAAUUCAAUACGGGAAAAGGCAAGUCAAUUGUAUUUCCAGAAAGUAAUGGCGAAAAACCAUUAAAGAAAGUUAAGAAUUCUAAUGUUGUCACAUCAAUGGAUACGAGUGACCUGCUAAGGAUUAUGCCUUCUGUGACAACUUCUGGUGGAAUCAUUAAUGGAAAAGUGACAGAAGGAUUCCUUUUCAACUAUGGAAAAGGAAAGCAAACUUCAAUAGUUUGCAUUUGCCAUGGAAGGUUCUUCUCACCAGCUGAAUUUGUGAAGCAUGGCGGUGGAAAAGAGGUUGAUAAUCCGAUGGAAUUUAUUAACAUAGUUGAUGAUGCAUCAAUAGGCAAUGCUUAA